AUGGUGGUCAGCUGCUUGACGGACGGGCAAGAAUGCAUCAGAGUUUGCCUGCCGGAGGGUGCUCUGGUAGUGGUAGGUGGAGGACCGAGCAGUCGCAUUCCUUCCCCUCCUUCCGUGGAUGGGCCGGCUCGGGCGGCGGUAUUCGCAGCCUCCGUCCAGAGUUUGGUAGCCGGAGAAGGAACCCUCCCCACCCCGCCUGCCGUCGGUGGCGAGCGGCCGUUGGUGGGUUCUGUUUCUGUAGGAUGUAGGGCGGCCGUCGCGACUCCCCCCGCGCAUAUCCAGCCGCCGGUGAGGGACGCUGCUACUUCAUCGUUGCCACCUCGCGCGGUACCAGCAGGCUGGAAACGAAGGCCUCGGGGACCUGCAGUCCCGGACGAGCGACCUCCAUCGGUGGGGAGGGUCACUGCUCUAGAAGCAUCUCUGCGUGGCUUCGCUGCCAGACAGACAGACGUGAUUGUUAACCCGACGAUGGGCACCGUGUUCGAUUCUCUCGCUGAAGCCUAUGAAUUCUACAACAUAUAUUCAUGGGAGAGCGGAUUCGGUAUAAGAUAUGGCAAGAGUAGGCAUAACGUCCGGGGAUCCAAGUGCAUGCAAGAAAUAGUUUGUGGAUGCUCAGGCAAGCCGCCAGUGAGGGACAACAGUGCGUCGAAUCGAACAAACUGCCCUGCACUCGUUCGGUUACUGAGGACCGACGACCAUGCUUGGUUUGUUAGUGAACACCGGGUGUCUCACAACCACCCCAUGCUAGGCACAUGUGCGGAGAAGCUCCACUGCCCGUCGCAUAAGCAUAUAGACAAGUACACGAGGGAUCUGCUUAAGCAGCUUAGGGAGAACAAUGUUAAUCUCAGCAAAGUGUAUAGCAUCAUUGGCAGCUUGUUUGCCAGGAUGGAGAACGUCCCUUUCACGAAGAGGUGCCUGCGGAAUUUCUGUGGAAAACUUAGCAGAGAGCAGGCCGACGAUGAUGUCCGGAAGACAAUGGAAGUGUUCUCUCAAAUUGGUGCAGAUGACCCAGACUUCUCUUAUGUGGUGGAAGUGGACAAGGAAAGUAAAAUCAAGACUCUGUUGUGGUCUAAUGGGCGGAGCAAGGUACAGUACCGCAACUUUGGGGACGCAAUUACAUUUGACACAACAUACAGGACCAAUCUGUAUGAUAUGCCAUUUGGGUUGUUCCUUGGGGUUAACAACCACUUCCAGAGCAUCAUCCUGGGGGGUGUUCUGAUGAGGGAAGAGAAGAUUGGUAGUUUCAAAUGGGUGUUCAGUGAAUUCGUGAAGAUGAUGGGUGGUCGUCAUCCACAGACUAUACUAACCGAUCAAGCGCGUGCCAUGGAGGUCGCAAUUCAGCAAGUACUGCCUGGUACAACACACCGGUGGUGCAAGUGGCACGUUUUGCGCAAGGCUAAGGAGAGUCUUGGGGCUCAUUACACAAAACGUGGAGAAUUCCAACCGGAAUUUCACAAGGUCCUAAAUGCCAUGCUGACAGCAGAAGAGUUCGAAUCAGCUUGGCAUAUUCUGGUGGAGAAGUACAAGCUACAGAACAACACAUUCAUGACUCAAAUUUUCGAGGUUCGUCACAAAUGGGCCAAGCCUUACUUCAGCGGCAAGUUCUGUGCGAGGAUGACCAGCACUCAACGAAGUGAGAGUGCCAACCAUCUUCUCAAAGGCUACGUCCCGCCGGGCUGCCCGAUGAACUUAUUCGUUAAGCAGUACAUGAAAAUCCAGUUUGACAGGGAGUCGGAGGAGGGAUUCCAGGAGAAGCGGACGCGUAUGGGCGGUGUGGUGCUGAGGUACAACCUACCGCUAGAGGAACAUGCAAGCAAGGUGUACACCAAGACAAUGUUCGAAAUGUUUCAGGGUUUCAUGUACAAAGCUGGCAGGUACAUACUUGUUGAGGAAAUGCAGGGCCGAAUUUAUGCUGUGAGGCAUGUCAAUGGUGAAGCCCGUGAGAGGUGGAGUAAAAUUGAAUACACCGUCGCCGUAUCUGCUGACCGUGGCAAGUUUAGCUGUGAGUGCGGGUUGUUCGAGCACAUGGGCAUGGUCUGCUGUCACAUCUUAAAGGUGAUGAUGGCACUAGACGUGCAGCGUAUCCCAGAAUUUCACAUUGUCAAGAGGUGGACGGUUGAUGCGAGGGAUAACUUACCGUCUCAUUUACUGCACUACCAAAAAGACCAGGGGUCGAAGACAUCAUCUUCUUUCAGGCACUCCGCCUUGUACCUCAUUGCUCUUGAGGUAGUGCAGUUGGGUGAUAGCAAUGUGGCUGCGUUUGAACGGGGGAUGGACAUUCUACUUGCUGCGAAGGUUGAACUGGCUGGUCUAGCAGCGGUCAAGGAUGGAUUGGGCCUGACUGAGAGAGCAACGGUGGAUGCACUGGUUAGGCGUGAGCCUGAAGAUGGAUCGCUUCCCACAGUUCUAGGAAGGACUGAUUUUGGACAGGUUCAGCUAGAGCGGGAAGCACCACCGACACUGGAAGUGGCUGCAGAUUUGAUUGCGGUUAUUAACCCACCCAACCGUAGGAAGCGGCCGUGUAUGCCAACGACCGGACGCGACAAGCCACCGUACGAGGUUACAGAGAAGCGUUCUCGAUUUUGUAAGAUACAGGGGGAAAGGACACAAAAGCACCACAUGUCCGAGCAGAGGAGAUUUGCCGAAGAAGCAAAGGCAGGAGCAAAGAUGUAGCAACUGUGGAGUGACUGGUCACAGGAAAACUAGCUGCUGCAAACCGUUGGCCCCCUUACAGAUCCCUAUGGAUAUUAGUAUAAUAUAAAAAUGUUUGGGUUUGUUUGUGUAAUCUUGUAAUUGUUCUCAGACAUUUGUUGAUCGACAAAUGUAUUGCAUGCGUUGGAAUAAUAAACCAGUAGUGGUGUCGUUUGUAUUCAGAA